AUGGAAUACUCAGGCCUCUCUCGCUCAGAAAUUCUGGAACUCAUCAAGCAAAAGAAAACAGCGAUUCUCCAAACAAAAAUCGACAUGGAACGCGCUGACAAUCCCCAAGCACAAUCGAUCAUUAACGAACUAAAAGCAGACCUUCACGAACUUUUAGCCGCUCUGCAGACUACCACACAUGAUCGCUCACACUCACCGCGAUACGCCACAAACUACGAACUAUUAAUGCGACAGCAAUCACUUCGGGACGACAUGACCACCUCCGUUGAAACAACCGCAUUGAUUGCGAGCCAACCUGCAAACUCCGGCAAGCCUCACAGCCUUGAAAGUGACAGUAUACUAGCCGACGUAAAGCGACAAUUGCUGGACCUGAACGAGCAACUACGGCAGACGCACAGGCGCGACCCAACCACCAUCAACAGGAACAAUCAGACCGGCCCCUCCUCCAACAUGAAGCACACCCGGACGCAAAGAGGCACUGGCCAAUCCGGCCACCCGGCAAUAUGCAGAAACUAUCUACGAGGCCGUACAUGCUUCAAGGGUAACAGAUGUCCCUAUUUUCACCCUCCCACGCUCAAGCUCACAUAG